AUGCUUAUGGAUUCAUUCAACCAAAUGAAAGGAACUCUGACAGACGACAGUGAAGGAGCUGGUGAGACUGGAGAAGGAACUCUGGCAGACGACGGUGAGGCGACUGGGGAGACUGGAGCAGGAAUUCUGACAGACGAUGGUGAGGGAGCUGGUGUGCGUGGAGCGGGAACUCUGACAGACAACGGUGAGGCAACUGGUGAGCCUGGAGCAGGAACUCUGACAGUCGACAGUGAAGGAGCUGGUGAGACUGGAGAAGGAACUCUGACAGACGACAGUGAAGGAGCUGGUGAGACUGGAGAAGGAACUCUGACAGACGACGGUGAGGCAAUUGGUGAGUCUGGAGCAGGAAUUCUGAUAGUCGACUGUGAGGAAGCUGGUGAGACAGGAGAAGGAACUCUGACAGAUGACGGUGAGGGAGCUCGUGAGUCUGGAGCAGAAAUUCUGACAGACGACGGUGAGGAAGCUGGUGAGUCUGGUGCAGGAACUCUAAUAGACGACGGUGAGGCAGCUGAUGAGUUUGGAGCAGGAAUUCUGACAGUCGACGUGAGGCAGCUGGCAGCUGGUAAGCAUGAGGUGGAAACUCUGACAGACGACGGUGAGGCAGCUGGCGAGCGUGGAGCAGGGACUAAGACAGACAACGGUGAGGAAGCUAGUGAGACUGGAGCAGAAACUCUGAUAGACGAUGAUGAGGCAACUGGUGAGCAUGGAGCAGGAACUCAGAAAGACAACGGUGAGGAAGCUGGUGAGUCUGGAGCGGGAACUCUAACAGAUGACGGUGAGGCAGCUGGUCAGUCUGGAGCAGGAACUCUGACAGACAACGGUGAGGAAGCUGGUGGGUCUGGAGUGGGACAUAUGACAGACGAUGGUGAGGCAGCUGUUGAGUCUGGAGCAGGAACACUUACAUACGAUGGUGAGGCAGCUGGUGAGUCGGGAGCAGGAACUCUGACAGACGACGGUGAGGGAUCUGGUGAGUCUGGAGCGGGAACGCUGACAGAGGACAGUGAGGGUGCAGACGACGGUGAGGCAGCUGGUGAGUCUGGAGCGGGAACUCUGACAGACGAUGGUGAGGAAGCUGGUGAGUCUGGAGCAGGAACUCUGACAGAUGACGGUGAGGAGGCUGGUGAGUCUGGAGCAGGAAUUCUGAGAGACGAUGGUGAGGGAGCUGGUCAGUCAGGAGCAGGAACUCUGACAGACGACGGUGAAGCAGCUGGUGAGCGUGGAGCAGGAACUCUGACAAACGACGGUGGGGAAGCUGACGACGCUGAGGCAGCUGGUGAGCGUGGAGCGGGAACUCUGACAGAUGACGUUGAGGAAGCUGGUAAGUCUGGAGCGGGAACUCCGACAGACGAUGGUGAGGAAGCUGGUGAGUCUGGAGCAGGAACUCUGACAGAUGACGGUGAGGAAGCUGGUGAGUCUGGAGCAGGAAUUCUGAGAGACGAUGGUGAGGAAGCUGACGACGGUGAAGCAGCUGGUGAGCGUGGAGCAGGAACUCUGACAAACGACGGUGGGGAAGUUGGUGAGUCUGGUGCAGGAACUCUGACAGAUGACGGUGAGGCAGCUGGUGAGUCUGGAUCCGGAAUUCUGGCAGAUGACGGAGAGGCAACUGGUGAGUCUGGAUCCGGAAUUCUGGCAGAUGACGGUGAGGCAGCUGUUGAGUCUGGAGCAGGAACUCUGACAGAAAACGGUGAGGUAACUAGUGGGUCUGGAGCGGGAAAUAUGACAGACGAUGGUGAAGCAACUGGUGAGGCUGGAGCAGGAACUCUGAGAGACGACGGUGAGGCAGCUUGUGAUCUGGAGCGGGAACUCUGA